CCGCGCUUCUGCUUCGGGGGCGUGGAGGGGAUGGCGCCUCACAGGUGCGACGGGAACGCCGUAGUGCAUGCUGGGGCCGCCUCGCUUUGGGAAAGCGCGGGACCGAUGAAAGUACGGGUCCCGAGAGGGUUGUUUGCGGGCUGGGUGUUACAGCGUGGUGGCAUCUCAGGUACAGCUAGAACCCUGCCGCUGACCGACCUUCUAUUUAAAUACUCUCUUCCCUAUCCAAACUCGGGCACGAAGGGCCACGCUUGUCCUGUCGCAGCCAUGGGAGACACCUGCAGAGAUCAUUUUCUGGAAUUAACGUUGGAUGGGCUGUGCAGACCCACUUGCGACAUGUCCCGAGUCUGGACCACGAGGUCACAGUAGCACCCACUUUUUAAAGGGCGGCGUGAGGAAUAGAUGAGCGAUGCCCAUACAGAAUAUUUAGUAAGAGUUUGAUACGAACAGAACACACUUUUAAACUUUCCAGACUAGAGAAAAGUUAGAGGGGCGAAGUCUAAAAAUGAAACUGCCUCUGACCUUCUGCAGGCUGCUUAGCAGGUUAAACAGAUUUUCUGUAAAAGCAAGCCCUCCUGUGAGUUUCUCCACUUUCUCUUAUUUGUGUAGCCAGAAGAAGAAAAACUCUUACGAAGCAGUAGACCAAGCGAAGUACUCUCGUUUAGUACGCUCUGUCUUGUCCAGAGGCCCGGCCCAGACUCCAGAGUCGUUGUUCAAGGAAGAUGAUGUACUGUAUGGACCAGUGAGUAAGCAUAAGGCUGCAGAGCCGGAGCCACAGGCCAGAGUCCCACAACACUGCUUUCCUAUCUUCAAUGAAGAGAGAACCGGGAAACCACACACAGAUGCUUCUUCAAGCCCUUUGAAGAUCCCUUUGCAAAGGAACUCGAUACCCAGUGUGACCCGCAUCCUUCAGCAGACCAUGCCACCUGAACAGAGCUUCUUUUUGGAGAGGUGGAAAGAGCGGAUGGUUCUGGAGCUGGGAGAAGACGGGUUUGCAGAAUAUACUUCAAAUGUGUUUUUACAAGGCAAACAGUUCCAUAAAGCCUUGGAAAGCAUACUGUCACCCCAGGAGAACCUAACAGGGGGAGAAGAGCACCCCCAGUGUGGCUACAUCGAAAGCAUCCAGCAUAUUCUGACAGAAAUCAGUGGUGUGCAAGCUCUGGAGAGUGCCGUCCAGCAUGAGGCCUUGAAGUAUGUAGGGCUGCUGGACUGUGUGGCUGAGUACCGGGGCAAGCUGUGUGUGAUUGAUUGGAAGACAUCAGAAAAACCAAAACCUUUAAUUCGAAAUACAUAUGACAACCCGCUGCAAGUUGUGGCGUACAUGGGUGCCGUAAACCAUGAUGCCCACUACAGUUUUCAGGUUCAGUGUGGAUUAAUUGUGGUGGCCUAUAAGGAUGGGUCCCCUGCGCACCCUCACUUCAUGGAUGAAGAGCUCUGUUCCAAGUAUUGGGCCAAGUGGCUUCUCCGACUAGAAGAAUAUACAGAAAAGCAAAAGAACCUGAGCGCUCCAGAGCCAGCGUAGAGGCCCGGGAUUGCUUGGCGAUGCUGCGCGGCGAUCUCUGUUUGGGAGAUGCACUGCUGUCCACUGAGUUUCUAAAGAGGAAUGCGGGGAACUGAGGGCUACAUUAACACAAGCUGAAGGUGUGGUGGGUUGGGAUGUACCCACCGAGAAGCCAGAGAGUCUGGAGGUCAGCGCCUGACUCACCAGCUGCACGACCUCUGGCUGUUUCUCACCUGAGAGGAGGACACUGGGAUUGGCAGCUGCCCAGGGACUUCUGGGCUCCCUUGCAAACCUCUGUGUCCCUGGCAGGAUGCCCAGUCUUUGAAUUGAGAUCAGAAGGCCAAAUGAAGCAUCAUGUGCCACACAUGUCCCUAGAGUUCUCAGGGAUGGGAGGGGCCCUGCACCCUCAGGGUAUACAGAGAGAGAGAGAGUGAGCAAGCAAGCACGUAGGCAUCGCCACCACAGUUUCCUAGAAGGUGUUUUAUACACUCUGUGUCAUUAGGAAAAACUUAUUUCAGCCUAAGGAAGCCUGGCUGCCUAGAGAGCUGGGGCAGGCAAUACAUCAUUGGCUAGGUCCUUUUCCUUACCAGAGAAGCCCCAGCAGCAGGAAGCCUGAGUGUGGAAGUCACCGUCGCUAGGGUUUGGGUAUCUAUUUCUGGUGUCAGCAGGCCAUGGACUACAAAAAAUACUGUUGUGGAACUUGUUAACAAAGAGGAACAAUGGUAAAACUUUUUUUCUGUGUUUGAUAAGUAACAACAAAAAAAAAAUCAUUGGCUGUUCUUGGGAGACGGUUUUCUGUUUUAUAAAGUAAAUCUAGUAGCAUUAAAAUUAUAAGUUACACAAUCACAUUUAGUUUUCAUUAGUCUUAAAAAAAAAUAAAAGAUAUUUAACUGAUUCCUAGUCUUUCAGUGGACCAGAGUUCUGUUCCCAGUACCCAUGUCUGGCAGCUCACAUUGUCUAUGAGGUCAGUUCCGGGGGACCCAGCACCUCUUCUGGCCUUUUGAGGACUCGUGCACAGACAUACAUCCACAUGAAUAGUGAGCUUUUUUUUCUGACUUCUCUCAUCUUUAUUUAUUUUCUCACAUGUUACACCCUAACCAGUUUCCCAUCCCUCCUCUCCUCCCAGUUCCUCCCCCAGCCUCUCACCUCUUCUCUCCCCCUGGUUCACUCCUCCCCAGUUCCCCUUCAGAAAAGGGCAGGCCUCCCGGGGAUAUCAACCUAACAUGUUAUAUCAAGUUGCAAUAAGACUAGGCACCUCCCUCAUAUGAAGCAAGCCAGUAGGAGGAAAGGGGUCCCAAAAGCAGGCAAAAGAGUCAGAGACAGCCCCUGCUCCCACUGUUAGGGGUCCCACAAGAGGACCAAGUUACCCAGUCCUAACACAGAUGCAGGGACUUAGGUCAAACCGGUUCACGCUGCCUGACUGCCGGUUCUGUCUCACUGAGCCCCUAUGAGUCCUGCCUGGUUAGUUGAUUCUCUGGGCUUUUUUGUGGUGUUCAUGACCCCUAUGGCUCCUACAAUACUCUCUCCUGCCUCUUCUACAGUAUUCUCUGAGCAAAAAUGAGCUUAUUUAAAAGAAAAGGUAAUAAAGCAUUUUAUUUGUUUUUGU